CCAGCUCCUGCCUCAUUGCUUAUUCGGAAGCUGAAUCGUACGGUGUUGAAAAGAGAACGUGCCGAAGGUUCGAGUUUACAAACUGCAAAAGCAACAAACAACAAACAACAAAAAACCGGUGCCGAAUUCGAGUACGGGUACUCGCACGCCAACUAGACAACAAGUUUUUCUAUUGCUUCGAAAGCCUCUGCAGACCUUAAAAGCCUUCCGCAUCAAGAUGAAACUGUUACCCGUGCUGCUGUUGACGCUCGGUGUCACCUUCUGUUGGGCGAAACCUGCCCCACAAGAGAUGCCAGACAUGCCGGUGGAGGUGGCCCAAACCGAGGCAGAAGCUACUACGGUUAGCGUGACGACUACCACUACUACUACUACCACCGUACCGUCCACAUCUUCCCAACAGCCAGUGACGCCCGUGGAGACUACCUCGGUUGCUGCGAGUUCUUCCGCGAUGGACGAAGUGAUGCAGACCACCGUCGUGCCGGCAGUUCCUAGCUCGGAAGCAUCCAGUCAGGCGGUCCCAGAAUCGUCCACUGCCAGUCAAGCGGCUACGGAGUCUUCCACCGCUAGCCAGCCCGCCGCCACACAAUCGUCCGCUGCUACCGAAUCUGUCAGUGUGCAGGGAGCCACGAGUGAGGAACCGGCUAGUAACGUCGCCACAACACAACUCGCUCAGGUAGCUUCAACCGGCACGCCGGUAGAUCCGUCCGAUACCAACACGGAACCUGCAGCCGAGCAGACGACGACGGCAUCGAACGCCGACGCUACGCAAGCUCCUGCCGUUGACAGCAGCGACGCCACCAGCAUGGCACAGACAAGUGAAGCGCCCGUAUCAUCAACCGCAACCUCUCCGGCCGCUGUAAUGGCUGCCGAGGUGAGCGAAUCGACCACAACUACAUCCACCUCAACCGUAUCGACUGCUGCAGCUGUGUCAUCUACAGAAUCGGCAUCCACCACCUCUGCCGCACCGGUAGUGGCUGACGUUACUACUACCACCACCACCGCCACCACCACCACCACUACUACCGCUGCUUCGACGGAGGUUGAUGCGUCCAACGACUCAUCGUCCGGGUCGACGGAGAGUGCGUAAAGCUUAACCCUGUUUUCACUAGGUAGGGAAACACCGGCAUAUCCGUCAAGGAACACUUUAGCGAGGGUAUCCAUCAUACAUGCGCCGUUUACUUCUAGACGAGCAGAGGACCACAUAUUAAAACGUUCCACACAAACCUAACUCUCAACACUAGUUUUCAACUUCAAGCAAAAACCCCUUUGGAAGAAAGAUGGCCACGAAGCAAGCGACAUACUUAGGCACAGAAGAGCGCCAACAAGUGAGCAAACUCGUGUCUGCGUGCGUGGUACGAAACUGUAGAUUGUAACAUACGACAUAGCAUUUACUACCAAGUACCGUACCUACUAGUGUAAACGAUAGCGUGCGAGAGGGUACGGUCGGAAGCGGGCGGAUCCGAAACAAACAGCAACUUUACUUUCCGUAAUAAAAUCUCGUUAACGCGUUUGACAAAACCACUAA